UUGAAAGGGGGAGGCCUUAAUUUAUUUAUUUUCCUUCUUUAAUCGCGCCCUCCCACAUAUUUAACUUCGUGAUAAUAGUGUUUUAUCUGUGUUAACAGACAGAUGGUUUUUUUUUUAGUGUUUUAAAGCUGGUUAAAGUAGCCGGACACCCCUUCUUUUUGUUCGCUGUUCGUAACGUCCAAACGUCCAGCUGAUUGCUGUGAGUGAGCUUCAGUUAUUCCUGUUCAAACUGAGGCGUUUUCUUUCAACUCAACGGAGGCUUUUUCUGCUCUAAACGCGUCGACUUCGCCCACAGUCUUCGCCAACUUGUGGACUUUAAAGGAAAAGGGAUAUUUUCGCUUUGUCCAACUUAAGAGUUGGAUCGUUUUCCUCAUUGAAGAAGCAGGCCCCGGCCUCGCGUUUCCAAAUCGUUUUUUUCUUCUUUUUUUUCUUUUCUUUUUUUUUCGGGAAGUCAUGGGAGACACGAGUGAACGAAGCAAACCUUCAGCUCUACCUCCCAGGUGUCCCUGUGGAUUUUGGGGAUAUGGCCAAGGCGACAGGUUUGUUCACAGUCCAGUAAAACCAUGAACCUAUGCUCCAAAUGUUUUGCUGAUGUCCAGAAGAAGCAGCCAGUGGACGACUGCACCUCCAAGUCAAUCCAAAGCACUGGGAGUAGCCAAUCACCCGUUUAUAGUAGCGAGACGAGCAGUAGCAGUAGCCAAUCCCUAUCGUUGUCGCUGCCCUCCAGCACCGAGCAGCCAUCAGCAGAAGAACCCUCGCCCAUGUUUUCCAGCAUGAGGGAAGGCAUGUCAUCCACAGAAACAGCCCAAGGCACACUCUGCACACCCACAAAACGUCCACGCGAAUCAGCCUCGGGCCCAGACAGCGAGGCGACGCCAGAGAAACGACCACGGACAGAAGAAAAGGAAGGGAGCAGCGAAGAGGCCGGCGGGACGCCCAAACAGAAGAACCGUCGGCGCUGCUAUCGCUGCCAAACCAAACUAGAGUUGGUGCAGCAGGAACUGGGCUCAUGUCGCUGCGGAUACGUUUUCUGCAUGCUCCACCGUCUCCCCGAGCAGCACGACUGUCUGUUCGACCAUCUGGGCCGCGGCCGCGAGGAGGCCGUCCUCAAGAUGGUGAAGCUGGACCGGAAGGUGGGCCGCUCGUGCCAACGCAUCGGGGAGGAGUGCUCCUGAUUGGCCACAGCAUGACCAGCCAUCCAAUUAGAGAUGAGGCACUUACAAAGCGGAGGAGGAAGGAGAGCGAGGAGGAAUGACAAAUGGGGGUGAUGGGGAGGGGGGGAGGGAGGGGGGAUUUAAAAUAAAAAAUGAGGAGGAGGGUAGGGGGUACGGUUGUUACAUCCUGCAUCUGACCCAAUGAUUCUGGAUCUGAGCUUGACGCCAUCCUGUUGAAGUCCCGAUUUCUUGCCUGGAGCAUCUGUUUGGACUCUGCUCUGGACGAGGCCUCUAGGGGCCACUAAGGGACCCAGUGGCUGUUCCACAGAGCUGCAUUCGGUAUAGCAUGUUCACACGCACAGCCUUAACCCCACCGCCAUGUUCAGAGGACGGACUCAGAGACGGAUCCAGUCAGGCAUACAUCACGCACAGCUCUGCUGUAUCUCGCCAUGGUCUCCUCCUCUUCGCUCAUGCUUUUUCUUUUUUUUUGACCAUUCAUCUGAACUGAUCCAUUUGGAGUCUUGUUAAACAGAGUGUUUAAGUUUUUCUUUUUUCCAUUACUUGGUCACGGGUCCCUCAGGUUGCCAUCGAACCUGUAACCCUACUCUCACGCUUUUUCUUUUUUCCUCCGUCGACACUUUGCUCCAUGCACAGCAUCACUAACAGUGUUUGCACGUGCAAAGUUCUAGCAGCAGCGUACUUGUCAUAGUUUUCAUUUUUGCUUUUCUUGUGGCCAUCGUGGUGAUUAGCUCUGUUUUGUACUGUUUAAUCAUCAUAGAGGACAAUACAGCCAAUCCCUGCCUCUGCUCACACGGACUGUUGACUAAACCAUAAAUACAAACAUUAAGAGAAACAAAACAAAGAAACACUAAAGGACAAGAGUCAUUCAGAUAAAUCUUGUGAAGCAGAUCCUCUUCUCUAAUUUUUUUUCCCCCAUUUACUGAGUGGUACUGUUGUUCUUAACCAAAAGAGGGGAAGUCAGCUGAGCUUUUCUUAUCCAGUGGAAGAGUUCUUCACUAAGACGCCAUGUAACACCUGUAGUUCAUCAUCUGGGUCUAAACUGAGAUACACAAAAUGCUAACUACCCUUCAAUGCUUCUGUGAUUGGUUUGCUUUUUUUUAAAUUAGGAUUAAAUGUCAAUAAAAAUUGACUUUGCUUUGUUUGAAAUUAAAUAUUUAAGAGUUUGUUUUUCUCGACUUGCCAAACGACACCAUUUCUGUGUGAGAGCUCAGUAAAAGAAAUUAGGUUUUUACACCCAGUUUUCAAUAGAAAAAUAACCUUUAGGCUGGUUACCAUGGAGAUGAUGUAAAUGAUAGCAGGCAAAUUGUUGGGAGUGAAAUAACCAGUUAUUUGUUGUAUUAAGUUUUUCUAUAAAAAAAAAAGCUUUGUCAGGUGUAUUUGGGCGUAAGCUCAGACCCCAACAACCGCUUGUACUACUCAGGUGUCUAAAGACGCCGCAGCUGGUUUUGGCUGCAGGAAUAAUGUGAAUUCUAAAAUUUAGUGGUUUCCCCCUUUUCUUAAAUGUUUUGGUUUUGUCUUGGUCACGCUUUCUGACGCCGCCUGAAUCAGCCUACACAGUCUGGCUGCUUGGACUUUGUGCUGUGCAUAUUGUUCAGUUACUCGCAUCUCUUCUCCUAAAGAGGAAUUCUACCGACGUUUUGUUUGUCACGUUGCAGAAGUUGACAUUUUAUUCUUCAUAUUGUCAUUUUUGUUUCAUUUGGGCAUUUGGCACGUGUGCGUGCAUUAAAAUUAGAAGUUGUGAUCUGUUUAAAAAGAGGUGCAGAAUCUCCAUAAAAUGUACUUUGCAGCAUUUAACAGAAGUGCAAUUUAUUGAUGUUGAACUGUACAUGGUUGGUUUUCCUCAGCUGGGAGAAAAGAGAAACGUGAAGCACUAGAUUACCUGGAGAGGCUGGAGACUCGGAGCGCCUCAUCUUUUCCAAAGUAACGUCAUAAAAGUCGACUGGGGUGGAAAGCCUGUAGAACACCACUUUACUAUGCUAAUCCUCAUGCACAAGUUAUUGUUUCUUCUCUCCUUCACCCUCCCGUCUUCUCCAAUCAGAUUCAGCCAAGUGGAAGGAGAGUUUAGGAGAAGUGUCAUGGCUGUUUCUUUGUUUUGUUGUUUUUUUGAGAGCUAAUGAGAAACAGAAGAAAUUAAUCUUUCUGCAUCUGUUAAAGAAAAGAUUAUUUAACCUUAUAUCAGUUUGAGUUACUUACACCCUAGCAUAGAGUGUCAUAUUUAGUUAAAUGUAUAAAGCAAGAACAUAAUUCUGUCUUUUUUUUUUUUUCUUUUAAUUUUAUCGUGUUCCCUUUUCUGCCGAGGAAAAUAAACUGGAUUGGAG